AUGGCUUCCAAAGAAGGACCGGUGUGUCAGAUUUUCUCGUUCCAGGACUGGAAAGCCUCCCCUGAUCCGAUUCUUGAGCUCCCCGCACAGUAUCUGACCCAUACACCCUCUCCUAUAGUGAUAGAUAACGGCUCCUUCCAGACCCGGGCCGGCUGGGCAGCUCCGGGGGCCGAGCUCGACCCUCCGCGGCUCCUGUUCAAGUCGGUGGCGGCGCGAAGCAGAGGCGCUGCCCGCAGUGAGACCCAGAUCGGUAACGACAUCCCCAAUUUGGAGCCGCUGCGGUGGCUGCUGAAGAGCCAGUUUGACCGAAACGUGGUGGUCAACUUUGAAAUCCAGGAGCUCAUCUUCGACUAUGUGUUUACACACCUGGGCAUCACGUCAGAGGGUAGUGUGGAUCACCCCAUUGUGCUGACAGAGGCGCCCUGCAACCCACUACACUGCCGCCAGAUGAUGUCAGAGCUGCUUUUUGAGUGCUACAGCGUCCCAUACGUCUCCUAUGGUGUGGAUUCCUUGUACAGUUUCUACCACAAUAACAGUCAAAGGAAGCUCCAGUCACCACACACGGGAAUCGUUCUGUCCUCAGGUUACCACUGCUCACACAUCCUGCCGGUUAUUAAUGGCAGGUUGGAUGCUGUGAAUUGUAAGCGUGUGAAUGUGGCUGGGAGCCAGGCAGCGUCCUACCUGCAGCGCCUCCUGCAGCUGAAAUACCCAGGUCACCUUGCUGCCAUUACACUCAGCCGCAUGGAGGAGCUGCUGCAUGAGCACAGCUACACUGCUGUGGAUUAUCAUGAAGAGCUGGAAAAGUGGCGCAGCCCAGAGUUUUAUGAGCGGGAAGUUCACCGUAUGCAGCUUCCGUUUUCGAGUAAGGUGCCGGGCGGCUGUGUGAGUGUAGAGGAGCGGCAAGAGAGACGAGCUCAGCAACUUCGACGACUUCAAGAGAUUAAUGCUCGCCGCCGAGAGGAGAAGCUGCAGCAGGACCAAGAGAGGCUGGACAGACUCUUAGCAGUACAGGAGCUGCUGGAGGACGGCCUGCUAGAUCAGUUUCACAAGAGUCUGGUGGAGCUUAACAUGGAUUCAGCCGAGGAGCUGCAGUCGUACAUCAACAAAUUGCAGCUCGCUGUAGAGCAGGGUAGACAGAAGCUGCUGCACAGUGAUGGAGCAGAGGGAAAGGCGGAGGUGUCAGAGCUGGAACAGCCGAUGGACGAGACAGAUGGAGUGGCACUGAUGGAUUCUGACUUCCCCGAGGACUCGCUGCCAGAGAAACCUGCUAAUGUGGUUCAGCCCGUGUUUAACAUGGCGGAGUACCACCAGCUCUUUGUGGGGACGGAGCGUCUGCGGUGUCCAGAGAUUUUGUUCCAGCCUUCGCUGACUGGAGAGGAGCAGAUGGGACUGAUGGAGACUCUGCAAUAUGUUUUGGCCAGGUACACUCCAGAGCAGCAGGAGGCACUAGUGAGCAAUGUAUUUCUGACUGGAGGGAACAUGCAGUAUCCUGGGAUGAAAGAGAGAGUAGAGCGAGAACUGCUGGCCAUGAGACCCUUCCAGUCACAAUUCAAGGUGACCAUGGCGUCUUGUCCGGCCUUGGAUGCCUGGCAUGGAGCACGAGGCUGGGCGUUGGAGCACCCUCCUGGAGCAGGGUCGGAGGGAUGGAUCAGCAGACAGGACUACGAGGAGAAAGGAGGCGAGUAUCUGAGCGAGCACUGCGCCUCCAACGCUUUCGUUCCCAUGAAGAUCGCUAAACCCGCUCGCCCUGCUGAGCCACCCGUUACAAUGCAAGCAUCAACAGAAGCUUCUGCUGCCAUCACCAUGGUUACGUCAGAUCCGACCCCCUCCUUCUCCUCUACUAGUGCUGUUGCUGAUGUUACCAUGGUUACCACGUGAAGCAAGGCUCUCUGAUAUCCUUCCCCCGACGUGUCCGAAGUUCAGGAAUAAUUUCAGGAUGAAGUGAAGGGUUUCACUUUGUCCUCUUUCGUUCAGCUCGACUCGGAUCGUGCUUUUUCAACAACCGUCAGAAAGCUGCUGUCAGUCCUGCUGAACGCUUUGGUCUUUGAAUUCCAGGCGCUGGGAAAAAAAAAAUAAAAUGAGCUUGAGAGAGACGGGAAAUGCAUAACUGUAACUGAAUCAGGAGUAUUGUACACUGCUGUUCUUGGUGAAAUCACAAGAGUUCAUAUUGAACAGGCGUCAAAUGAAUGUUGUUAAAGGCCAAGAGUAUUUUUUGUAUUAUUGUGUAAAUAUAAUUUUAUUUUGUAUGUCUGUGUUUUUAAAAAACAAAACAUAAACAUUUCCUCUCUUGGAGACCGUUGUCUGUCUUUUGAUUGUCAAAGAAAUCUGAUAUUUUGCGUCUUCUGUCCCUUCUUCUUCUCUCCUUUCUUUUCCUGUUUUCUAGUUAAAUGUUCAGUUUACUGAAUGCUCACACACAUUCCCUCAAACACCUCUAGUGCUAUUUAUACAUGCAGCUAGUCUUAGUUUCUUUUCCCUAACUUUAGUGAAAACAUUCUUUCAUGCCAGCUUUAAUUCUUUGUCCUGUAGGUUUUUAUCAGAGGAAUCCUUUUUGAGCUCUAAGUCACAGAUUACAGAAAAUCUGACCAGUAAUUUGACCCGGGAACAUGUAAUUACUGUUGUGGGUGUUAAAGUGAUUAGAGAGCAUGAGACCACAUAACAUUUUUAUUUUGAACUAAUGCCCUCAGGAUGACUUCACAGGGCGCCUUUAGGUAGGCAAAGGGUGUAUAAGGGAUCAUUUGUGCCAAAAGCAAUUAGCAUACUGAGUUAUAAGACUCUGUGAUGUAUUUGUACUGAAGUUUUAUGUAUGCAUUUGUGUGACUGUGGCUGAGUGCUGCCAGUAUUUUUUUAUGAAUUGAUUUAUGACUUGGUGACUCGCACACAAUUUUCCGCUAACGUGGAGAAUAAAGUUAUUCUGUUCUAAAUGCCACCAGAACAAUGUAAUAAAAUAUUUUCGGGUAAAAGUACAUGGGCUCUUUAAAUGUAAAAUAAAUAAAUAAAAUUGUGUGCUGCAGUAUAU